AUGAACGAAAAACACCACCCUAUUUCUUGCCAGAGGGUCAUACCAUUGACUGGGAAACAUAUUUGGAAGGUUUCAUGCGCACGGACUAGUGUUUGGUCUUUUCCGAGGAAAAAGAUAUCUCAUAUUGAGAUUACAGAUAUACUGGGGCUUGAUUCUGAGCGCUCACUUGAAAUUUAUUGCCAGGAUUUAAAAACUCUACUUGAAGAAAACACAUCUUCAAAUAAUUUUAAGAGAGUAGAAGAUGUUGAUAUGGAAGUGGGAUGCAAAAAGAGGAAGAUAAAUGCCUCUUUUGAACAAAUACCGUCACUGGAGUCCAGCAUAAGAAAGUAUGAUCAAGAAUCCUGUUCCAAUAAAUGUGAAAAUAAUAAAAUUGCAGACGGCAUCCAUGUCCUGUUAUCCAGUGAAGAAAUGACAAUUGAUUCCACAAUACCCACAUUUGAUAAGCCUGUUUGUUCUACAGAGAAUGAAAAUAAUGAUCUGAAAACUGAUAUCCUACACGGUAAUGAAGAACCCAAAAACCUAUCAGGUUUGAGUUGUGAUGAACAAUCUUUUAGUUUUAAAAACGAAAUUGAUGGAUUGACUAGUGAUGUUAUAUCUGGUAACACAGUAAAGCUGGAAAUCAUUUCACCAACUAAUAAUAAAACAGUGACUUUCUUUGAAAAUGAAGAAAUAAAAAGCAAUGCUUUGCCUCAUGAUGAAAAUCUGCAUAAAUGCAAAGGUGAGAAAUCAAAUACUGAUUCUCAUAGUUAUAUUGAUAUAAAAAAUUUCAAGGCUACACAGGCCAUUGCAUCAAACAAUGGUGAAAGCAAGCCUCAUACAACAUCACACACUCUUGAAAUGCACCAAAUCAUAAGAACAUUUCCAUCACCAAAUUUCAAAAUUCCACUUAGAAAGCCUAAAGAAGAGCCAGAGUCAAAACAUAGCUUGUGUAUAGUAGAUCAGUCAAUCGCUUUAGAUGACUCCAUCACAAAUGUACAGAUUAUGGAGAUAAUGCAUACAAAUAUGCUUAAUGAAUUAUACACAUCCUCUGUGUCUUUGUCACAGAGACAAUGCUCUCCCAUUAAAGAAUUUCAGUCCUCUGGUGAUGGACUUUUAUGUAGACCUACCCAAAGCUAUGAUGGUUAUUCAAAUAGCAGUCCUGGUCAGAUUAAUUCUGCUGGUGAUUAUGAAACAAAAUUAGACCUUUCUUCAAGCAAUACAUUUACCAUGACUGAGCUCUCAAAUAACGAUUCUUUAAGCAAUAUGUACCCAGAUAAUUUCUGGUUGACUCACCAAGCAUCUUCAAAACGCAACAAAAGAGAGAACCAAAAUAUUCCAGAUAUUUUAAAAGCUUAUGAAGAUGAUAUACUGGUUAUAGAUGUUAUUCAGGAUGAUCCCGAUCUCUUUGGUUUUACCCAAGGAGAGGAAUUACGAGGCUCUCCAGACACAUCUAGUCCUUUAAAUGACAAAAAUACAUUGAACGCAAACAAACAGUCAAUGAUACUUUCCUGCAACUUUCCAAAGCAAGAACAGUCACAAGUAGAGAGGUAUUGUAGUAACAUUUUUUUUUUUUCUUAUCUUAAAAUACUUUGUUGACAACCGCUUUAAAAUGUUUUUUUCAUUUUCUCGAACAGCAUAAUAAUUUAGCACUACUUUUAUUAUAAACGAAACAGGAAAAAGAUUUUAGAUAUUACAGUUUCACAAAAAAAAAUCAUAAAUAUAAAUUACAAAAAAAAAAACUCACUUCUGUGCAACUGGUUCCAAACCACAUAUGGCUGUCUUGUAAUGGCAGCAGAUUAACAUAAGGUAUAUAAAUAACUAGAAAUAGCAUUUUUUUUAAUUUUAUUUUUUACAUGCACCUUGGUGCUACCAAUUUUUGUGAAGGGCACAUAAAAUAUAUAUAUAUAUUUUUGGGUAUAACUCUUUCUCAAUAUAUAAUGCCCACAUUCUAAAUAUACAAUGUGGGCAUUGUAUAUUCCGAAAAUGUUAUAUCCAAAUAUUUUUUUCCCCCUUCAUUAAAAUUGGUAGCACUGAGGUGCACUUAAAAUAUUUUGCGCUAGUUCUAUUAAUUGGGAGGAAGUACUUACAGUUCCCUUUACUUCCUCCCGGCACACAGAAAGCUGCACUGGGAGUGAGACAGGAGGAGGAGUGAGCGGGUUGACCAAUCCUUGGCACCAGGACAAAAUUCUUAGUCGCCAUGGCGACCUGAGCCCUGCAUUAACUAAAUAAUCUGUAGGUCUAGCGUGCUCUAUAAAAGUGGCCAUUGACAAAAAGGGAAGUUAGUUGGGUUCUCCGAAAGAAGACUGAAAAUCAGGACUUAUAAAUUGUAAUCCUAUGCUACUAAAAUUGGCUUGCACUACAAGCAAUAGGAUACCAUCAGGGAGUUAAAUUCUACUCAAGCUUGUGGCCAGUGGAUAUUUUGAGACGUAACCAUAAUUUAUAGCUCUCUAUCUUUUAAUUGCCUUGCUUAUGGUUUACAAAUGGCCAAAGAACAGCUUUACAUUUUUAGAUUAAGUUAACUUGCUGGAAAAUGCUGGUAAUGAGGUUUUUAUGAGGAAUACUUAAAUUGAAAUCUUCGUUUUGGACAAAGUGAAUUUGAUUUAAAUCACAAGUCAGUAAGGCUUAAGUCGUGCUUUUCAAACAUAGACUCUAUUUAAAAGUAGAUGCUAGUUAUAAUUUUAAUAUUUUGGACCAGAUGAAGAUUUCAUAUUUAGAAUAAUAAGCUUUCAGAUUAGUCUAUCUGAACUGAUUUUGUUCUAUACCUUUUGAAAUGCAUAGAUAAUGAAGACAUUAUUGCAUGGUGAAGUAUCUCCAGUUUUAUAGGUUAAUUACUCAUUUUUAACUUAAAACAAUUCAAUUAAUGGAACAAUAUAGUGUGUAGAGUUAAAAACCCUUUUAUUGCUCUAAAGGUACACUUUAACAUAAGCUAAAGUACAGCAUAAUGUAGUGGUUCUGGUGUCUAUAGCAUACAAAGGCAGUGUUUACAUUUCUGGCUAGUUACACCUCUUGUGACAGUCACUCAGGCAGCCACAAUAGGUUCUUCUGUGUCAAUGUUCUGCGUUGAGGCACUAAACAUUCCCCAUAGAGAUACAUUUAUUAAAUGCAUCUUAAUGAGGAGGAGAUGCUAAUUGGCGCAGAGCGAUGUUUUUUUUUCAUGGCACUAUAGUGAUCCUUUAUCCUUCAGGUAUCCUUUAACAUGUAUUCCUGACCCUAUAGUGAAAACCCACCAUUAAGGUGGCUUGCCCCUUCUCCCCCUCCCCCCAUCCACUUUAGCCCCCUCGGAAUGGGUUAAAACUCACCUUAUUUCCAGCUCUCCAUGGGUCCGCCAGCACUGGCCCGCCCCCUUGAAAACAUCAUCAAAAUUGCAGAUUUUUAGCCAAUCCAAUAUUUGGCAUUGGAUUGGCUAAAAAUCGGCAAGGGGCGGACCAAACGCUGUCUAAAUAUGGUCUAAAUAUAGAUAAAUUAAAUGAAAUUAUCAUACAGACUGGAUAGUGAGACCAUAUAGACGGAAGAAUAUAUACAUUUCAGCAGUGGGUAUAAAAGGCCAGCUGAGAUCUAUUGAAUCUUUGCAAUACUGAACAGAGUUAGUUCCAAUGCUAUGCCUACAGUGACAGGCUGUAGACACCAGAGCAUUAAGCUGGAGUGGUUCUGAUCUCUAUAGUGUUCCUUUACAUUUUUAUGUGACUUGACAUGUAUAUUGCAGUUACUUUCUUAUAAAUAUAAACCAAUAUCACAGUCUGUUUUCUUAUUUUUUUGCAGUAAAAGUGUGGUCAAACACAUGGAAAGCCCUUCUAAAACAUAUGAAGAUUUUGCAAAUGAUCUUUUUUCUGGUAAAAAUUGUAUAUACUGCUUUGUCCAUACUGCUAUUUAUGUUGACAGUUUUAUUAUGUAAAACUUGUUAUGUAUUUUUUUUUUUAAAUCUUACAUUUUAAUGCAUAUAAUUAAAACUAAACCAUACAUUACUUUUUUUACUUUAGAGCCCCAAUCAUAAGCAAUAAAUAUAGCCUUUUUAUAUUUUAAAGGAAAGGUUAAUUAAAUUGUGCCUUUUAAAGAGAACACUCUGCUCACCCCAUCUCCCACCGCUCGUCUGUGCAGUCAGCCCUGCUUACCUCUCUCAUGACACCAACACAUUAACUUCUUUCCUCGCACAUAAUUCUCGUUACGGUAUAUGACACUCGGUUCUAUGUUCCUCUAACAAAGCACAAAAUACACUUACAAGAGAAAUGAGUACUGCAACUACAGUGCAUAUAAUGUGCUUCUUCCAAUAAAAUGUUAACCCUGGUCAAAGGUAAGGCAGGACACCGUUAAAAAAUGAUUCUAUCUAUGCAGGUAAUUUUUAACUGAUACUUUACAGUGCAGUUUUAUAUAGGUCUCAAAUUCCUUACUAGAUUCUAAAUUGUAUCUAACCCAUGACACAAGCUUUUGUUUUCUAAAUUCUACAUUAUCCAUAAGGUUAAUAUAAAUACAUUGAGUCUGAUCUAAUAACUAUAACUACUACUGGAUACGUUUUUGUUACCCAAAAACAUUUAGACAUUUAUGUUUUGUAGCAAGAAAUAAGAAAAAUUCUUUAGAAAGCAAAUGCAGCACGUUGGUUGAAGAAAACGAGGAACCUGUUCCUGUUGGUCUGUUGGCGGAGUCAGAGAAGCAGAAGCAGUUUGAGACAGAGGUAACAGUUUAA